AUGCAGACUGCCUUUCUACUGCGGAGCUGCUCCAGCAGCAGCAGCAGGAGAGGGGACUUCGCUCGUGUGAGUAGCAGCAGCAGCAGCGGCAGCAGCAGCAGCAGCAGCAGCACCACGAGCAGCGAACCCACCGUCAGCCACAGCAUCAGGCCCCGCAGCGACAGCAGCAGGCCGCGCAGCAGCAACGGCCGCAGCAGCAGCAGCAGCAACAACAACCGCAGCAGCAGCAGAAGCAGAAGCAGCAGCAGCAGCCGCUGGUACGCGACAGCAAAGCGGCAGCAAAUAAGAGCUGGCCGUUUGCAAGAGUCUAUUAAGAUUAUUCUGCAGAGAUUCUUGUCCAGAAACGCUCACAAGUUCUUGCCUGCCAGCCGCUUCGGGUCGUACAGCUCAAAAGAGUCGCUGUGGCCAUCAGCAGCAGCAGCAGAAGCAGCAGCAGCAGAAGCGGCAGCAGCAGAUGAAGUAGCAGCAGCAGAUGAAGCUGCUGCUGCUGCUGCUGCUGCUGCCUGCAGCAUUGAUGUGGUGUCUGUACACCUGAACCGAGGCCUCGAAAUAGCUGAAGUGCAGCUGGCCAUAGACGGGGACCCAGCGGAGCAGCAGCACAUGUUUGCUGCAGUGGAGCGGAAGGUGGGGCAGCUGCGGCGAGAAGUUGCUGCUGCGCUGCAGCUGCGGAGAGCCCCUGUGCUGCGGCUGUCUCUGUGUGACCUUGACCAAGCCGCCAGCCUCUUCACGUUGCUGCACUCCAUGGAAACAAACGAGCAGCAGCAGGAAGAGGAGCAGCAGCAGCAGCAGCAGCUAGACGAAGCUCUUGGGCAGCAGCUGCUGCAGCAGGUGAUGCAGGAGCGGCGACGGAGGCACUGA